GCUCUCAAUACACAUGUACUCAUAUCUGUGUGUAUGUUUUAAUGUUGCUGUGUUGUGUUGUAUUAUGCUGUUAUUCUGCUUUGCUCUUCUAAUUUUACGUGGUUGUUCGUAUUUCAGCGCGAGCGAAUGCAAGAGCUAAACUCCUCAAUCCUCCUCAGUCAUAGUUUAGUUCGUUUUGUGUAACGAACAUUUUGGGGUUGUCGUUGUAUAUUUAAGGAUUAUUUAUUUACAUUUAAUAUUAAUUAUAUUUCAAACAUCUUUAAAAAAAAAAACAACAAAAAAGAAAAAAAUAAUAUCCAAAUUAAAACUUAAAAAUUAUGUUAAACUUUAAAAAACAAACAAGACCAUCAAAAAACGACGACAAAGACGAACACUAGCUGCUGUGAAAAGGAAGAAACAAAAUAAUACCAAAAAAAAGUGAUUGCAAAAAAUAACAAGACGUCAUCUAAUUACUAUCCAUCCCUUACACGUUUACACGGGGGUAUGAUCACCAUAACAACCCCCUUGGUCUUUUUGGUUUUGUGCGGUACAACUACGAAGGGUAUAUUCUUAUUCUCUGCUUAAAUACUUUUGCUACAUUAAAAAAAAUAGAAAAAUUAAUAACACAACAAAAAAAUAAUGUAUAUUUCUAAAAACAGACAACUUGAAAUUUUGAAUUAGAAAAAAAAAAAGAAAUAUAGCUAUUUGUCGAGAUGCAGAAAGCUCGUUUUGAGUUUGAGUUAAAUUUUUUUUUCGAGCUUGUGUGUUGUGUUUCCGCCGGAUAAGGUAAUAGAAAAUUAAAAAAAAAAAAAAUGAAAUCAGGAAAUCGAGUUCGAAUUACGCAUCACAUACGACGACGAAGAACACUACGAGUACUACAUUCCUAAUUGCUUGUAUUUAAAUAAAUUAAUUAACCAAACAUACGUCGUAAAAUUCUUCCUGAAACCAAAUUAGAGAACAAACAACCAGGAACUGCAACAUUUUUUUUGUGUGUGCUUCAAGAAAAAAAAAUGUCCUUUUCUCCAAAUCGGAAGUGAAGUGUUAAUAAUAGUUUGUAAUUUGAAAAAUAAAAAGUUUAGUGUAUCAUAGAAAAAAAACUACCCCUUCUCCAAAAACCCAACCUCCAACAAAACAAGGGGGGAAAUAUUUUCAAAUAAAAAUAGAAAAAAAAAAAAAAUAGCAUACUACGAGUGGAAUAAGAAUAUCUACAAUUUUUGUGAUUGUGAACAAAAAAAAAAAAAAAAAAACACAAAACACAAAAAAACGAAGCCAAGGAUAAACAAAAAAGCAAAAAUAUAAGAGAAGCGAAGGAUAAGUAAAAUUCCACCAUGUAGCAAGACAUUAGCUACAACUGGAAUUGGACAUUAAACAGACAAGAAGAAAUAAUUUCAUUAACAUAAACAUAAACAAAACAAAAAAACUUCUACUUAAUGAUUAAAACACAAAACCAGACCUUCAAUAUGACAUGAUUGUGAUAUUAAAGUAAGUUCACAUAUGGAUAGAUCAAUAAAUGCCUCUGCAAAUUGCUGCACGAAACGUUAAAUCCAAUCUCUAAAGUGUAAAGGAUAACAAAUAUUUCAAAAUUCGUCACCACUAUCGGAUACCAAAUACAGUCCUCCCGUGCAAAAUGAGCAUGGAAUCUAUAAGUGAAAUCAUAGAUCAGCAAACACUGAGCGAUCAGCUUGUCAUCGAUACGUCGGAUUUGACAACUGGCUCGAGUAGUCACCAUCAUGAAGGUGGCGGUACAGUUGUAAUGGUCCGCACGAUAAUCGAUGGUAUUUCGUCUGUAUCGCCACCCCAACAACAUCAGCACUCACAUUCAAAUUCCAAUCAACAACAUCACCAUUUAAAUCACCAUCAUAUCCAGAACAAUCAUCAUCAACAGCAGCAAGCAAACAGCAAUGGACACCAUCAUCACCAGCAGCAUCACACGUACCAACGCAACAAUACUGACGUAGGACGCAACAACAACAGCAGCAACAACAAUGGCAACCAGCGACACAACUCACAUCAUUCCAGCCAUACCACGAAUGGCGAUUACUCUGGCUCAAAUGUCACCUUAGAAUCGCUGUCUUCAUUGAGUGGAGGACACUCGCACAUCAUAACGCAUCAUGGGCAUAAUCUAGAGUUAAUUAAGCAAGAGCACAAGGGGAACAACGUCGACAUUGUGGUCUCCUCGGACCAAUUGUCUGAUGAAGUUACACUCAAUCAACAGGCAGUCGGACGCCAUGAAACGUUGUCUGUGAUCGUUCAACCGCAGGAUGAGUCGCGAGAUUCACAGAUUCUCAGUCCCGGAAAACUUACACCGUCCUCAUCCGAUAUGAUAGAAAGUGCUCUAGAACCAACAUACCAGACGCUCACCUCCGUCAAUGGCGGCCGCAUGUCUCCACCAGGUUUUAGUCCGACAUCAUCAUAUGCCACACUCACACCGUUGCAACCUCUGCCACCUAUUUCUACGAUGUCGGAAAAAUUUGCCUAUGGCGGACACUCUGGAAAUGUUAGCGGAUCAUUCACAGUGAUGCAACACCAGUCCAUUGGCAUUAGCCUUGGCCUGGGCGGGGUGAAUUCACCGUACGCUUACGAUAAACUACCAUCUAUGGGGAUGUCACCACCGCACAAUUAUUCCUCAUCACCUACCAACACACUCUCCGGCAUGGGAAUGUCCCAACAGCAUAGUCCGCUCUCUCCACAAAGCUCCUACAGUCAGACAGAAUUACACUCACCGCGAAAAAGCAUCUCACCAGCGGGCUACGAUUCACCAUACGGUGGUCAUCGUGAUAUGCUCGGUGGCCAGCAGAACCUAUCCACACAACACAGUCCUACAACUCUAUCACCGCAUUCUGGGUCGUUGCAAUCACCUAGCGGUAACACAAUAGUCACCAGCUUUACCAGUGCAUCAACGCUACCUUCAAUUAAUGGAAUGUCCACAAUUGCCCAGCACUCAUCUGUAAUAUCACCCCUGUCACAAUCAGCUGCAUCUGGUGGUGGGCUAGUACAAAUUUCAACACACCACAUGCAUCGAGAAUCGUCCGUGGGACAGUCACCAUCACCUCCCAUUUUAUCGAUUCACUCACAGCAUCAUGUCAUAACAAAUAAGUCCAAUGGAGAUGGAACCACAAUCUCAACAUCGUCGACCUCGUCCCAAGCGGACCAGCAAGCAACUAAUGAUGGCAUAGUGAUAAACACCUCUUCGACAAACGCUUCCGAAGGUCUUAGUGGCAUGCAUCUGAUCAAUGGCAAUGGAAAUAACAACAGCAGUAGUAACAGUAGUAGUAAUAGCAACAAUAACAAUAACAGCAAUCAAAGUAAUAACUAUAAUAACAACAACAACAACAAUAACAACGUUUGCGGCAAUGGAACGUCUGUGUCUGUUUCAGCAGUAGCAACCGAUGUAGAAGAAAUCAAUACAAAAGAACUUGCUCAGCGGAUAUCGGCUGAACUUAAACGGUACAGCAUACCGCAAGCAAUUUUUGCUCAGCGUGUACUGUGUAGAUCGCAAGGCACCCUCUCUGAUUUACUGAGAAACCCAAAGCCAUGGUCGAAGCUGAAAUCGGGUCGAGAGACAUUCAGGCGAAUGUUUAAAUGGCUUCAAGAACCUGAAUUUCAAAGGAUGUCGGCAUUAAGAAUGGCGGCUGCUCAAAUUCCUCAAAGAGGAGGUAACAAUAAUAACACAGGAUAUACCCCAUCAGCAAUAACAGGGUGUCGUCGAAAAGAUGAACCACAAAUUGAGCAUAUGCCAACGCCUAAGAAGCCUAGACUUGUUUUCACCGAUUUACAGCGAAGAACUCUUCAAGCUAUCUUUAAGGAAACAAAACGCCCAUCAAAAGAAAUGCAAGUGACAAUUGCUAGACAAUUAGGCCUAGAACCAACAACGGUUGGCAAUUUUUUCAUGAAUGCUCGUCGCCGUUCUAUGGACAAGUGGCGAGAUGAAGAUCCCAAAAAUAUAAACCAAUCAUUAUUGUCGCCUGGUAAUCAGCAUUCAUUAGAUUUGGACGAUGAUCCAGAUAUGGACUUGGAUUUGGGCCAGGAUGACUUCGAUCUUGAUCAAGAUCAUGACACUGAUCCAGAUCAUGAUGAUAUGUUGUGACAUAACCCAGCUGCCUCCCCGGAAGUGCUAAUGAAAUCAACAUCUUCUGUUGCCCUAGGCAAUAAUAGCAGAAUAAUGAAUAGCAGCAAUAACAGUAACAGUGCAAACAACACUGAUAUUGAAUUCACUUUAAGUGGAAACAAUAUCCAGAAGCAAUCAAGAACUUCUACCAACACAUCAGCUGAUAUCUGUGAUGAUGAUUUGAGUUUGUAUGGUAUGUACGUAAACGAGCCAUCAAGCCAUCAUCAGCAACAGCAACAACACCAACACCAACAACAACAACAACCACAGCAACAGCAACAGCAGCAAUUGCAACAACAACAACAGCAAAAUCAACAAGCGACAAUCACUGUUAUCCGGGGAGGUGGUUCUAAUAGUAACAAUAAUCAAAAUAUUAAGAUGCAAUAUUUGGUACGUAACGAAAGUGCAAUAAUAAUGGCAAAUAGUGCAAAUAACCAACAAUAUCAACAUCAUCAACAGCACCAGCAACUAGACCAACAAUUAGAUCAGCAACAACAGCAACAACAACAACAACAAAAACAGCAGCAACAACAAAGAAGUCAGCAAUUACAAAACAUUUUGCAAUACAAUAAAAUUUACAAGUCAACAAUUAUCGUUCCGAACGCGGCAACCAGUGCAACACUUACAAGAAUACCCUCAGCCAAUAAGAUCGACUGUGAAGUUGAUAUCCGGUGUGAACAAGAGCAGCAGUUAAGUGAUGAUGAUCAAGACGUUGGCCUCAGUAAUGGGCUUAACCUAAAUGGCAGCAAAUCAAGCAGCAGUCCUAUCCACCAUAAUCGAAGAGCCAGACGUCUACAAACUCGAUCACCAACCCUCACAUCCGUUUACAUCGAGGACUUUAAUUGCCGAAGCAACCGCAUGACACCCAUCACAGUGAUUCAAGCUGGAAUCACUGGUGGAUCAUUAGAAUCAAUAAACAAUAAAAACAAACACUACCACAACAGUAUGAAUGAACUCGAUAAUAAUGAUGCUUCUAAUGAGUACAUCACUGCAGAGGACCAUCAUUACCAGUACCAGUCAUCACAAUCUGACACAGCAUUGAGCGAACAGACAACAACAAUCGCCAACAACAAUCGGCACCGAUCGCGACACAUGAUCGAACAACAACAACACCACCACCGGCAAGUGGUGACAAUAAUCGACGAGGACAAUAUUGUUGAUGAUGACGUCGAUGACAAUGAUUACACCAGCAGUGGCAACUUGUCCAAUUUCAUUUUGAAAAACAGCGCCAACGAGAUCCUUAUUGGUUGCAACAAUAACGUGAUUGACGAUGAUGAAGAUGACAUUCCAGGUGGAGGUGGAAGCGGACGUCGUACUGCUUCCGGUCAACACAAUAAUGAAAUCGAUAUUGGAGAUAUAGAUGAUGAUGAUGUUGUCCAUCAUCACCAUCAUCAUCAUCACGAUGACCUGUUGGUGAAGGAUCACAGCAGUAAUCAUCUCGGUGCACACAAUGAUUGUGUUGAAUAUUUGAAUGAUGAUUUGGAGGAUCUUAAAGUGAUGAUAGUGUGCUAACCUGCUUCACAUCCAUCAUAAUAUACAUUGGUUCUGGUCGAUAAGAAAUGUCAACAAAACAUAAACAAAACAUGCAUGCACGUAAAUAAUAUAAAAAAUAUAUAUAUAUAGUUUGUAUCGACUAAGCACAUAAAUGUUAUGAAAUUCCUUCCGCAAUUGUGUCCUUUGCUUAAUAUCUUCUCUAAACACGUUUUUAUCAGUCAUCAUCACACAGGAACAUGAGAAAAUUGAGUGUUUUUUUUUUUUUUUUUGGUUUUUUCUUAAAUUUUGUUUGCUUCGUUUUCAUUUUUGAUUUAAUGUUGUAUUUUUUUUUCUAGUUUUGUGGAGUGAAUGAGUUGGCACCAACCAUUUUACAUGCACGUUAAAAACCACAAUUUAUACAUUGGGUCUAUAGUUGGUUAGUCCGUAAGGACUUAUGAGGUAUCUGUCUUAAGCUAUCGAAAAACGUUGAAUUUAUAGAUGAAGCAUUUAUUCACAACAUUUUAUAAUUAUUUAACAGAAUUUUUUAAUUGCUUUUAAUGAGACUUUGAAUUUUUUGCUCAUGGUUUCGUUUUUUUUUUCUAUUAAGUUUUCAAACAUCAUUAUCAAAUUGAUUCAUAUUGGCGUUAUCCGUAUUUUUUUAACGAGCAUUUUACAAUGCAACCAGGGGGUCCUAAUGUUUUUUUUUUAUUUAUUUAUUUAUUUUAAGCAAUAUUUGACUUUCAUUAAUAACGACUCAUUUACAAAGGCGUACGUUGAGCUGCCUGGCCCCAUGGCAAAACAAUUUUUUCGUUUCUCUUAAUUAAGAUAGACAUCACAAGAGGUCCUUUUAAGCUCUAUUCAUAUAUGAAAUCCAAAAGUUUCUUGGAGGUUUGGUUUGGUUUGGUUGGAACCCAAAUAUUUUUUUUCUUACCUUCGAAGACAGAUACCUAGGUCUCUCAAAACAAAUUUUGGUUUACAGAUAUGAGCAGUUCAGAAUAAUAAUGGGUCAAGUCCAUUUGAAAUUUGUGCAUUAUUUUGAACUUUGAGAAGCUUUUUCUCAGGAACUAAAGGACCUUUUGAAAUAAAUAUUUUAUACAUCAAUAUUUCUUUCUUUCAUUCCAUUUGAUAUAAAACGAAACCCUUAAAAAUUAAGGCCUUAAAACAUACAACCUAUAGAGAAGUGGACUUGGCCCAUUUAAAAGUUCAGUCUUCUUUUGAUUCCUUAAGUGACACAGUAAGCUUACAUUAAAACAAAAUCAUACUUAAAGAAUUCAAUUUUGAUGAGAAACUGAAUGAAAAUUGAUGAUUCAAUUUACUAUGUGAGUUGAGAACAAUCAUUUAGAUUUCUUUUUAUUUCAAGACUUUUCAAUAAGUUUUUGUUUAUUUUAUGUUUAUGUUUAUGUUUUUAGUUUUUAUUUUGUAUUUUUUUUUGCAGUAUGAUCAAAUCUAAUCUCUCAAAGAGUUGUUCUGCACCAAAGAAUACAACUAGAAAUAAUUCUCAUUCGAUGCAUUUCAAAUGUAUAUCUGACCCUUACAAACAACAAAAAAAAAAAAAACAAACAA